AUGGUUGUCCGUUGGGGCGGCCAGUACGCGUCGAACAUGCGUCGACGUAUGUUCCUCGUUCUGUCGCUGUGCGGUUUUUUAGCCGUUUGUAGCUCGGUCGCGGCCCGUCAGGAUGUUCAGUCUGGGUUGUCGGUUCCGAUCGAUUGCAGAAAAGAUGAGAGAUCGUCAUCGUGCGCGACGAGGGUACAGGACGUUGAGUCUGGAGCCAACAGGACGUUGCUCAGACGGUUCAGGAACCUCGAUGGGAGAUCGUUUGCUUACGGAGACGGGGGUGUCGAAGAGGUCUCCUCGCGCAAGAAGAAAAACAGAGGGUACUGGAAGCUGUUGCUAUACUUGCUGGGAGCGGGAAAGCUGACGAUGCUUUAUUUGUUAGUCAACGCCGUUGCUGCGAUCGCUGGGAAAGCUCUGAUCGUUGGUAAAGUCGCGCUUGCGAUUGCUACCGCGGUCGCGUUGAAGAAAUCGUUCGAGCACAAGGAGAACAAUUUGUACGAGAUUGUCAAACAUCCGCAUCACAGCUACGAACACACGCAUAGCUCGAGCGUCGAUUUCGAUCAUCACGAUGGAUUCGGCGAGCGCUACAACGAAUACCGGAAACGGCGAAGAAAUUUUAUGUAA